AAGGUCAAUGUUUAUUUGUGCUUUAAAUUUUCAACAUCAAUUUGAGCACAUCUUUUAUUUUUCAUCUUGUCAAUAUCAACAAUUUGUCAAAUGUAAAAAUAAUGGAUUUACUUAAAGCGGAGAUUGCUAAAAAACGUAAACAAUUGGAAAAAUCAUCAUUGAUUGAUGAGAAGAAAAAGUUUUUUAAACGUGAAGAAUUGAACAAAAAAAAUGAAGAAGAAUAUUGGCAAAAACAAGCUGAAAAAAUGAUGAAGAAACGUCGUCAAGAAGAAGAACGUGGUAUCAUCAAUUCGGAUGAUUCAGAAUCUCAUGAUAGCAGUGAUGAUUUGAUGGCCACAACAACCGGUGGAUCUAAAUUAUCUGCCGAAGAGAUUGCUAAAAUGAAAUUGAAAAAAUGGAUCAAAAAUCAAACCGGAUCAAAUGGAGAAGAUCGAACGAAUGGUGAAGAACGAAUACUAGCCCGUAAAGAAGUGAUCAAACGCCUACGUGAACGUGAUCAACCGAUUACUUUGUUUGGUGAGAAUGAAAUCGAUGCAUUUCGUCGUUUACGAAAAUUGGAAAUUAUUGAACCAGAUUCAAGUGAUAAAGGAUUUCGUAACGAUUUUCAGGAAGCAAUGGAAAAAGUUGAUGCAGCCUAUCUGGAAGAAAUUGUCAAAUCUGGUGGCCAUAAUACGACGGAUGGUCCUGAUGGUGAGAAAAAACGCGGUAAAAAUGAUGUAAAAAUUGAAGAAAUGAACACCACGAUCGAAGAAAUACUUGAACAAGCACAUUAUCUUGGUAAACAACGAUCAAAACGUCCAAAUACCGAUGAUGAACAACGACGAUCAGAUUGUGCAGUUAUAUUGAAAUUUUUGAAAUUUCUUCUCGAAUUAUGGGGUCGACGAUUAAACGAUCGAAAUGAAUCGGAUAAAAGAUCAACGCAAGGAAGAUUAAUGAAUGCCAUCUAUACACAGACACAGGAAUAUCUGAAACCAUUGUUCAAACAAUUGACGAAACAAACGAUUGCCGACGACAUUCUUAAACAUUUGAUCAUCAUCAUUAAAUAUCUACUUGAACGAAAUUAUGUUCAUGCAAAUGAUGCCUAUCUACAGAUGGCAAUAGGUAAUGCACCAUGGCCAAUCGGUGUCACUAUGGUCGGUAUACAUGCACGUACUGGUAGGGAGAAAAUUUUUGCUCAAAACAUUGCACAUGUGUUGAAUGAUGAAACACAACGGAAAUAUAUUCAAGCAUUGAAACGUUUGAUGACACAAUGUCAGAAAAUGUUCCAGACCGAUCCAUCCAGAUGUGUUGAAUACACUAAAGAAUGAAUUUGAAAGAAAUUUCUUUCAUGUGUAAAUAAAACAAAACAAUUUUUUUGGUUUUUUUGAAAACGAAUCUUUAUUUCAAUUUUUUUCAAUCAUUCAAAAUCCUUUCAUUCAAUAAAAAAAUUUGUUACAAUUUUAUCGGAACAUCAGAUGUGUGUCCAAAUACAAUUUGUGUUUUGAUUGAUGUUGUCCCGGAAGUCACCAAUUAUCCUAUAUGCGUGACUCCACUCCACCACCCGUCGAAGAAUUUGUGUGAAAAUGAAAAAAAAGAAAACAAAAUUCUUCGACACAGCAUCAAUCAGCAUUGUUUUUUUUAAAUGUAAAUA